AUGGCCAGCACCCCGGGAACCGCCCCGACCCCCGACGUCCGCCACCACGGCCCCGGCUCUUCGGCCACGGUCUCCUCCUCACGGCUCAAGAAGAGGGAGGCCGACCGCAAGGCGCAGCGCAUCGCGCGCGAAAAGACGAAGAACCGUAUCGCGCACCUCGAGGGCCUGGUCGCGGAGCUGAGCCGCAAGGAGGACAACGCGACGACGGUGGCGCUGAUGACGCAGCUGGCGAGGGUCACGGAGCAGAGAAACAGGCUGAUGAGCUGCAUGGAGGGGGCGUCGGCUUCGUUUGUAAGGCAUCUGGUGGAGGUGAAGGAGAGUGAAGACGGGAAGUGGGAUGGGGUAGGUGGUGAUGGUGUGAGCUUGUUGGAGCCGUCGAGCAUGGAGUACUUGAGCACGCCUGCUGCGAUUCCCAUCCCGACGACGCCCCAGGAUCAUAUCGACGAAAGGCAAACUCAUAAUAUCGAGAAAGAUGUGAACAGCCUCGUGGACGCCUCCGCACUCGACGUCAGCAACUUCUGGAUCGACGAGUCCUUUCCAAUGGAGCUGCCAACAGCACCCUCAAUACCCAAAGUCCCAUCACCAGCUCCUCCACCAGCCGCCCCCUCUACGAUCAAAUUCUCAGUCAAGUCAGAAUGCAGCUGUACCUCAACCUCCCGCACGCGCCGCCUCUCUGACGGCUCCCUUGUCUCCCACAACUGCUGGAAAGCCGGCAACGAGAUCCUCAAGGAGCCUUUUCCCCUGACCAAGGCGAUGCUUGAGCUGGAGUACCAGGUCAGCGAGGACAUCCCCGUCCACGCGGUCCUCCACGGCUGGGACAGCCUGUCCCAGACGGGGCGGAUGACGCCGCUGUGGAACAAGGUGCGGCAGCUCGACGAGCUCUGCUUCGCAGGGUGCGGGCCGCCAGAGCGGCUGGCCGUGCUGUUCAUGAUUCACCUCCUGAUGCGGGCUUACACGGAUCCGACGCCGGCGAAGAGCGAGGUCGUGCCGCGAUGGUAUCUCAAGUCACAACUCCAACAACUAUCCCCCGAGCACGACCCCUCGGCGGACUACUUCACCUGGCCCGCGCUGCGCUACCGCUUCGCCACGACGCCGCACCCGUACUGCCACAACAACACCUUCUGGCACAUGUUCCGCGAGCACCUGCGCAUCGCGUGGCCGUUCGACUUCCGCGACUGCUACGUGCGCAACGUGCACCGCGGCACGUACGCCCUCUCACCGCUGUUCAAAGACCGCCUGCGCGAUCUACGCGCGUGGACGAUGGAGCCGGAUUUCUUUGCGCAGUACCCCGAGCUCAGGCAGGAUGUGCCGCAGUACCCUGGGCAGCCGUCGCCAGGGCCGCUGCAUGUAUCGCCGCCUGGAGGGGUUGGGGCGUUGAUGCAAGGUGAUGUGCCGGCUGGGGAGAAGGGCGAAGAGGGUGGGAAAGGUGGAGGGGCACGGGAUGACGAGGAUGAGGGGGAGAUGUUCAUGGGUGAUCUUGGGAUCGAGACGAAUCCUGAGUUUCUGUUCUUUCAGGAUGCGUUUCUGAAUGGGAGCACGGCGAAGGAGUACGGGUGUACCUAG